AUGUCUUUCAUUAACGAUGCUAUCACUCACCCAGUCCCCAUUUUAUCUUCAAUUGAGCCGCACAAAUUGCUAAGCAAAGAGCCUCUGGCUACGGCGGGAAGCGACGAUGAAAAGGUCGCCCAGAGGCCAUUAGAAAAUGGCAUCCGAGAUGGCGAUCCAGAUGUCGUCCUCGUGGACUUCGAGGAGAACGACCCGAAAAACCCUUUGCAUUGUGUCUUUUCGACAAUGACCAUCGUGCCCACAGCGCCUCAGAUCUUGCAAGAGUUUCAUUCAGAUAGUAAGAUUGACCAGACCUUGCUUGUCACGAUUUGGGAGCUUAGGGAAGGAGUUGGCCCAUUUUUCAUCGCGCCGCUCUCCGAAAGAUUCGGCCGGCUUCCCGUCUUCCAUAUUAGGAACCUCUUAGCGCUCUGUUGCUUAGUCGCCAGCGCCCUGAGCGUAAACAUCUCUAUGCUGAUUGCGUUCCGAUUCUCAACGGGCUGCUUCCUGUCGAUUCUCACCCUUAGACCCGCCAUCGUCGGAGAUUUGUUCCAAAUGGAACAAACCGGUCGGUCUAUAGCAUUAGUCAUAGGCACUCAGAUGAUAGCAGAUUUUAUCUCACCUAUCGCAGGCGCGUAUAUCGCACAGAGCCUGGGCUGGAGAUAG